UCCGGUGGCCUGACUUGUGCUGGCGGCGGCUAGAUGCCCACGCGCGGUGGUAGUGCUCGCCCGGGCAGAGGAUCCUUAAAACCAGUGUCUGUGACCCUGCUCCCCGACACCGAGCAGUCUCCAUUUCCUGGACGAGCCCGCCGCCCAGAGAAUGUCAGAGCAGGAUCCCUAAUGACCGGAUAUCAUGAGGUCGGCCAGACGCCAGCGCCGCUUUCCCGAAAGACCGGGCAAAAAAAGCAGCGUCUGGCAGACUCAGAGCGGCAGCAGACCCCUAAAGAGAGACUCCCUCCGACCCCGGGCCUCCAGCGGAGUAUCUACUUCUCCAAUCCAGAGGACCACCCUGCCCGGCUAGGACCAGAGUUUUUUGACCAGCCAGCAGUCACCCUAGCCCGUGCAUUUCUGGGACAGGUCCUUGUCCGGCGACUCGCUGAUGGAACAGAACUCCGUGGGUGCAUUGUGGAGACUGAGGCAUACUUGGGGCCAGAAGAUGAAGCUGCUCACUCAAGGGGUGGCCGGCAGACCGCCCGUAACCGUGGCAUGUUCAUGAAACCUGGGACCCUGUAUGUGUACAUCAUCUACGGCAUGUACUUCUGCUUGAACGUCUCCAGUCAAGGGGAUGGGGCUUGUGUCUUGCUAAGAGCACUAGAGCCCCUGGAGGGCCUGGAGACCAUGCGGCAGCUUCGUAACUCCCUCCGGAAAAGCACUGUCAGCCGUUCCCUCAAGGACCGUGAGCUCUGUAGCGGUCCCUCCAAGCUGUGCCAGGCCCUAGCCAUUGAUAAGAGCUUCGACCAGCGAGACCUGGCCCAAGAUGAGGCUGUGUGGCUGGAGCGUGGCCCGCUGGAGUCCAGUAGCCCAGCUGUGGUGGCAGCAGCCCGCAUAGGGAUUGGUCAUGCAGGGGAGUGGACACAGAAGCCCCUGCGCUUCUAUAUCCAGGGCAGCCCAUGGGUCAGUGUGGUAGAUAGAGUGGCUGAACAGAUGUGUCAGCCUCAGCAAACAGCCUGCUCUGCUGGGCUUUUAACUGUUCAAAAGUAAAAUAAAUAUCCUGUUUGUAGAGAACUGUCCCCAAGUCUCAGCCAGAAUUUGUGUUCAUGCAGUUAAUUCUUUACCCGGGUCAGGAACCGGCGUCCCCCAGUGUGUAACAGGAGAACAUCAGUGUGCAGGUGCACACCCGGGAGCAGGGUGAGCUGAACAUCAAUGUGCAGGUACACACCCAGGAGCAGGGUGAGCUGAACAAGUGUUUUUAGACUCUGUCCAGGGCAGCUCCACAAGGGGCAGGCUGGGAAAGGGAUGAGAAGGACACAACCUAUCUCUAUAAAGGGCUUGGACUCUGAAGACACAUCCUGGAAGACCUUCUCCAGCUCAGCAAUGUUAGGCUGCCAUAGGGACUGAUUGAAGAGGGAGACUGGUGGGUAGGAGAGAUGGCAGUGGUUAGACGUGUUUCCUGAUCUUCUGUUCCCAGCACCACACCCAGUGGCUCUCAACCUCUGUAACUCUAGCUUCAGGGCAU